GGAGCAGCCUUCAGAAAAGCGCACGGCAUUCAUUAGGAUCUUACAUAUUGACAAAAAAAGGUGAUUUUGAACACAAAGGCAUGUGAUGAAACCUCUCAACUGGGAGAGUGAAACUGACUUAAUAUCUGCAAAGAAAAUGAAACUUUACUCUUAGUGAACAAGAAACACUAGAAACACUGCAAGUAUUGUGCACAAGAAAACAAGGCGACAGUGACUUCCUCGUAUACAAACAGAAACUGUGAUAUCCCUGUGAUAUUAAGCAACGGGUAGUCAACAUACAACUUAAACAGCAAAGAUGCCUAUGGAAAUCGUCAACCCAGACCUCAUCCUCGAAGCCGACGAGGCCGAGGAACCGGAAGUGUCCGAGGGCUCAGAGACAGAGGAGGAGCGUGAGGGCAUAGACGAGAACCGGAAGGACAAGAGACGCGCCAACAUACAGCGGGAACUUGCUGAUGCUAUCGUCCGUCUGGCUCCCUUGGAUGAGCUCAAGAUUCUUCUCAAGUGUGGGGCUAACGUGAAAGACUCAGUGACACAAGGUUUGACUCCCUUGCAUUAUGCUGUAUGGCAGCGCUAUCCCGAGGCAGCUGAAUUCCUCAUUGGUGAAGGAUGUGACAUCAACGCCCGCGACGAGAUUGGCUACACGGCCUUGCAUCUGUCGGCCGAGCACGGGUACACAGACAUGAUGGAGGUACUGCUCAAGAACGGGGCGCAGGUGAACUUCAAUAUUCCUCCCGAGUUCGACGAUGACUUCCCUACAGAUGCUGGGGACGAGCCUCUGAGACUGGCUCUGAAGCACGAUCAUUACGACGCCGCCAAACUGCUCUUGGAAAAUGGCGCGAACCCCAACGCCAAGUACUUCUUCGGCUCGGAAAUCAACCUCAUCAACCCCCUGAACAUACAGCUCUUGAACCUCCUCCUCACAUACGGCGCUGAUCCCAAUUCCCGCGACAGACAGGGUUUCACGCCUCUCAUGAAGUGUUGCCGUCUUCAGCAGGAUGCGUCAGAAGAGAUGGAAAACCGAGACAACAUCACCGGCCCAGAAAUCCUACGACACUUCGCUCAGUCGCUGCGGGGUCUUGAGAGUGUCCUCCUCCUCAUUUCCUUCGGCGCUGACGUCAACGCCCGUACUGAGGGUCGACAUGACUACAGGUGGCAAUACCUUCACUCUGAGUCCUCCCGCCCCUGCAACCUGUCCCCUCUCAACAGGUCCGUCCUCCACUACGCCGUCCUCUCGGGCUCCAUCCCCAUCGUCAACCUCCUCCUCAAGCAAGGCGCUCAAGUUAACUUCGAGGCCGAGUACAACAAGCCGACGCCCCUCGACCUGGCCAUCCUCAAGGGCGACGUUGAACUGGUGCGACUCCUGCUCGACAAUGGAGCCAACGUGAACGCCAGCUCCCCCAUCAUCGGCUCGCCCCUGCACAUGGCCUGCAGCGAAGGGAUCUCCAACCGCCUGCCGAUCCUGAAACUCUUGCUGGAGAAGGGAGCAAACCCCAACCUGGUGAUUAUCGGCGAUGAUGGUUCCCCAAUCAAGCCGCCUAUUGGAGAGUAUCUGUCUUCCAAUGAGGAACACGACGUCGAGGUGGUUAACCUGUUCCUCAAGCAUGGCGCAGAGGUGGUGAUGCAGAGCCAGAACAGAGACCCCCGCGGAAUCUUGAACUGCCUCCCCAAUCUCACCAAGACCCCGGAUGUUCUCAUUUCUCUUCUCGAGGCCGCGCAACGUUUUGAUCUCGCGAUUAUCAAACAUUCGUCACUGAUUGAUAAUGAUCAGCGGAAAAUAUACCUCAAGGUUGGCCAGUCUCCCUUGCCCCUCAAGCACCUAGCCAGAAUCCUCCUUAGGCAGGAACUGGGUGAUAAAAUGCCUGUUAGAAUCGACGAACUUGACCUGCCUGCGAUUAUGAAGAAAUACCUUUUGUAUGAGAUCAGUUAACUGCUUGAGAUCAAAUACAGUAGAUUAAGCCGUAAUGUAAGAAUUGUAUUAUAUAACGUUUCAUUUAUAUAUAUAUAGUAUAUAUAUGUGUAUAUAUAUAUAUAUAUAUAUAUAUAUAUAUAUAUAUAUAUAUAUAUAUAUAUAUAUAUAUAUAUAUAUAUAUGUAGAUAUACAUACACAUUUUGAUAUAUAUUAAUUGUCCAAUUUACCGUUAUACUUGUGAUUUUGUACAUAUUCAGAUAGAUUAUAUAGGUAUAUUCUGCAGAUGCUCCGCCAUUCGUAUUCGCAGUCAGUAAAGAAAAAUCGUUCAAGCAAUUUCUUCGAAUAAUCAUAUAUAUAUAUAUAUAUAUAUAUAUAUAUAUAUAUAUAUAUAUAUAUAUAUAUAUAUGUUUGUAUGCAUGUAUAUAUUAUGAUAAUUCGAAAAUAGUAAAAGCCUUCGGUUCUGUAGAUUAUACAUAAAGAGUGGUGUCAUUCUUUAACGACAUAAUGACAUCCUAACGUUUGAUAUUUUAAAAAAACAUUGUUCCGUUAGAGAUCUUAAUUUAGCCUUUUUUUCGCUGACUUGUGAUAUGUUCUUACUGAAACGAAGACUUACUUUUUUUGUAAAUAGCUUACAUAAACACACAGAUGCGGCUGGUCGGGAACAGAGAGCCAAGAGAACGAGCUUGUCUCGUUACCAAAGGCUUUGUAAAUUAGCUUAGAAUUUGGCACAUAUUUUUUUCUUUUAACUUUUUUUUUCUUCAUAAUAUUCCUGUCUUUAGUCAGACGAAUAUGGAAUACACGAGAAAAAGCACUCAUGCUGAACAAAAAAUCAUAUCUAUAAGUCAUAAAAGUAUUUGUAGUUUCUGAAAUUAAUUAUACUUCUAGAUCAUUUAUAAAUCGGGCAUAUUUUACUGUUCUUAAACGACUUUCUCAACUCGGAUAAGACCGCACCAAUAUCUCAUCUUGAAAAGUCAUAAUUUUUUCCGUCAAUUCUUCGAUUUCAUGAAUUUUAGGUUAGGUGUGUUUAUAGAGGCUUAUAGUUAGAGUUUUAUACUGUGCACAUUGCCAGGUAGACUUACGAACUAAGCAGUUCAAUUGUACAGUAGAUUCUGACUUAUUUUUACAUAUCAACUUCUUUUUGUAUAAAUAAGGGGGUUGUUUUGUAUUGUCUUAUGUAAUAUUUUUGUAUCAUAUUAUUUAUGCAUUUUUGUACUUUGUUUAAUUUUGUAUUUUGUUUAAUUUUCUAUAAUCUUAUGAAAGAGAGAAAGAUUUGUUUGGCAAACCUGAAGACACGGUAAGAGUUUAGGUCAAGGUACAUUAGUGAAGAGAUAAAUAAAUGAGAUUUUAGGUUCAAACAUUAGCUGUUCUUGACCUGAUCCCUUCCUUUCUUAGGUCAAUGCCUUGGUUAACAAUGACAUUUGUAAAAGCGCACUUGGUCCUCAUCAGCAGGGCAUUCUAGAUUUGCUUAUGUGACUAAUAUAUCCCCCACUGCGAUAUAUUUUAUACUCACAAUAAUGCACAUAUUAUCAGUAUACAUAUAUACGAAUUACCUUUUUUUUUUACUCAGUUCUUCCAAACUCACGCGAAUGUCACUGCAAACUCACUAUUUUCUUGAUAACAUUUGGUAUCAUAUUUCCUCUCUUUGUUAGGCUAUGUAAUAGGAUUUUGUGCUGCCACCCUUGAGAUAAAUUUGCUCUUUGCCCUUUGUGAGAGGAAAUAGAAUCUGAGCAUUUUUGUAUUUAAGGUUACGUCGAAGCUUAAUAUUCACACUAAUCUGCCCUUCUUAGCCUGGUGCUAGGACUGUUUAGGGAAGGAUAAAGGGACUGUGAUGAUGAAUAGUGUAGUUUUAUACUCAUCCUCUUCCUAUGAAGGUAUAUCCAACGCGGCAUAGGAACUGUUUGUGCGUCAAUGAGACUUCGGCGAAUUUUUUUUCUACAGUUUAGUAUGUUCUAGCAACGACUGAAUGGUGAAGUUUCCAUGAAUGAAAUCCCUGCUCUUUAACAAGCAUUGUAUUAUUAGACGAAUAUGUGUUUCACAAGCUGCCACCAUGGCUUGGAUGUUCAACGCAAUGUCUCUGGUUAGGAACCAAGAAUUAGACGUGAUCGUGCGCUUCUCUUGUACUACUGGUUUGGAUAUUAAAGAUGUUUUAGAUAAU